AUGUCCUCCGUGGUAAAAUGUGCAAAUUGCAAUGUAGUGAUCAACGAAGUGCUGGCCUUCGUCCAUAAUAAAAUAUCUGUAAUGGACGAUGAAAGUAUUAGCAGAAUCUGUGCAAGCGCUUUCUCUGAAAGUGAAAUUGUAGCGGCGAAGAAGUUGUUGUUCGAAUCCUUGUCGACAACGAAACGUAAGAUAACGAGGAAGAAGGCGGGGAAAAAUAUUCGUGAUAUAGACGACAUCAUCUGUCUUAUUCGCGAUACCGACUCCGAGGAUAUCCCAGUCUUCGUGGCCCGCGAUCUUGAGAAGUUACCCCCGGUUCUGUUCGAUCAUGUCGACGUGACGAGGCUACUGAAAGACAUUGUUAAGCUACGGCAGGAUCUCGACAUGAUGAAAGAAGACUAUGCUACAGUUAAGCAGAUGGACCAGUUGAGAAGUGAGGUGCAAUAUCUUUCAUCAGGAUGGCGCAAUGUAAACACCAAAAGAGGUGCAUAUGUCGCAAGACUCACAAGUUAUGAGUGCGAUAGUGGUCCCAUGGGAUUGCCGUUAGAGUGCAAUGAACGCAGUAGUGAAUAUUUUCAACAAAAAUCUGCGUUAGAAUCUCCUCUAAAAUCCGUUAUUAAUAAUCAAAUAGCGGAGGGUAGCAGUGAAGCUUUGCCGCAAGGUAUGCAAUACGAUUCGACCGUCGAACUUCGAGAAACGGCUACGAUGACGCACAUCGCGGGUCAGCUGAUCGAGUCGCUUGCGACUCCUCACGCGCAGUCCGCACCCGUUCCCCCGCCGGUGCACGGUGUGGCCGACGGAGCUUCGCCGCCGCCGCCGCCGCUGUCCCCCGCGCAGGCCGGUGGCCGCGUUCCCCUGUCCCCCGCCCCGCUGCUGAUGCUACCUAGUCCGGCCGCAUGUACUGAGCCGCUACCACCACCAGUCGAAAAAAUUGGAUCCGGCCCUGUCGCUCCUAAGUCGCUGGCGGAGAUUGUUCGAGAAGGCCAAUGGAAGACACAGGCCCCGAGUGACCAGUGGGUUCGUGUCCAAAACAAAAGAUCACGAAACCGUUUCGUUGGGAAGCGAGGAAAAGCGGAGUCUGAGCCUGGAAGUAAUUUUAAGGCAGCGGAAACUAAGGUUCCCAUGUACAUUUAUAAUGUGGCGAAGGGCGUGUCCGUGUGUGACAUCCAUACCUACAUAAGGAAGAAGACUAACAUUGAUGUUACAAUUGAAAAAAUGGGCAUGAAGUUAGCGAAGGAUUACGAAUCAUACAAAAUAUUCGUACCUAAACAUUCGUUAAUAAAUUUCCUGAAUGAUGACUUCUGGCCAAAGGGGGUAGCCUAUCGUCGAUUUAUCAACAUUAUCAGACGUGAUAAGGGAAAUGUCCGUGUGACGAGCGAGAAUAUUGACAAGUCUAAUUUAUGA